CCACGUCCAGAUUUCAUGCAACGACAGACAAAUGUUGUAAAGCCACGUAUGGAUAUACACUAAUUAAUCAUCACUGCUUAAAAACUACAAGGUAGGGUUUUAGUGCCCAUGUAACAAAAAAGAGAGGUUUUAGAGGGAAGGCGAAGCACCAAACCCGUAUAUAUUUCCAUACAUUCUCAUUCUUCUAAUCACACACAAACAAUUUCUCUGUUUCUAUCUUCGCUCUGUUAUUUUUGUAGUUAGAAAUAUGGCUAACUCCAAAGAUGCCCUUGCAUUUAACAUGGCCGAUCUCGGUGCUUCACUGAAAGGUGGCAAGGGAAAUGAAGGCUUGGUGGGUAUUUUAAAGGAUAAGCUGCAGACUCUUGUUGGUACCUCAUCAGGGUACAUUGAAUCGCUACCUCACAAAGUAAAGAAGCGAGUGGAAGCAUUGCAAGAUCUGCAGGGUAAACAUAACGAGAUAGAGGCCAAAUUUUUUGAAGAAAAAGCUGCGUUGGAGGCCAAGUAUCAGAAGCUUUAUGAACCUUUCUACAAGCAGCGCUAUGACAUUGUCAAUGGAGUAGUAGAUGUUGAAGAUGAUAAAAAGGAGAAAGAGGAAGAAUCAAAGAAGGAAUCUACUGAUGCUGAAAAGGGAGAUGCAGAAAAGGGAGUUCCUGAAUUUUGGCUAACUGCCAUGAAGAACAAUGAUGUUUUGGCAAUGCAAAUUACAGAACGUGAUGAAGGUGCCUUGAAGUUUUUGAAGGAUAUACAAUGUUCUCGCCUUGACAGUGACAAGGAUGAGAAGGGCUUCAAGUUGGAAUUCUUCUUCGAUGAGAAUCUAUAUUUUAAGAACAGUGUGUUAACAAAGAUAUACUACAUGGAAGAUGAAAAUGAACCUAUCCUGGAACGUGCAGUAGGAACUGAAAUUGAGUGGUUGCCUGGUAAGAACUUGACUCGAAAGGUCAUGAAGAAGAAGCCUAAGAAGGGAGCCAAGAAUGCAAAACCAGUGACCAAAAUCGAGCAAUGUGCAAGUUUCUUCAAUUUCUUUGAUCCACCCAAGGUUCCUGAAGAUGAUGACGUUGAUGAUGAUGCUGCUGAGGAAUUGCAAGAUGUGAUGGAGCAAGAUUAUGAGAUUGGAUCUACAAUUAAGGAUAAACUUAUCCCCCAUGCAGUUGCUUGGUUCACUGGGGAAGCAGGUGAUGGUGAUGAAUAUAUUUCCGAAGAUGAUGACAAUGCUGAUGAAGAUGAUGACGAGAGUGAGGAAGAGGAUGAAGAUCACGAAGGCGAAGAAAAUGGUCACAAAAAUGCUUAGACAAUUUGCUUGUUUAUAUUAUGUUCAGAAAGGUCAUUGCUCGUUCCUCAAAUGUGGGUAGAGAUAGAACAUUUAUUUUUCUUUUGCUGGCAAUGCAGCAGAGUGGAUUCAAAAUACAGCAAGAUUCUAGGUGAGUUUUUGUUGAGGGUUUUUGCAGUUUCCAAGUCUGUGGGGCGGUAUUUGUUAUGGGGUUUUCUUUGCUUCAGAAUCUGAUUAGGAAUAGGAUUAGCUUAGAGUCAAUUUUUUGGAGGGUGGAUUUAGAAGCAGCCACCUGAGUUCAAGCAAUAAUACAGACAUCAGCAACAGGCGAUUUGGCUUAAAUUGAAUUUGUAUAGGUGUUGUUAUUGAAGAGAGUAUGUUUCUAGGUUUUGUUCAGAGAUGGUUCCUUCAUAUUUUGGAACAGUGCUUUGCAAGUUUGAGAUUUUUGCUAUUGUCAAGAAUAGUUGAGGGCUUUUAUCAUGUGUAGUUUUGUAUGUACUUGUCAAUUUUGAAUAUUACGAUCAAAUUGUUAGAUU